GCUCGCGCGGAGGCUGCGGCGCGCCGCUCGCGCUCCUAGGUUUCGGGGGCGGCAUUGGCGGCAGCUCUGCGCUGAUUCCCCGGGGGAGCAGCGGCGUCGGCGUCCUGGGGCCGGCAAGAGUGAACACCUGUCGCGGCUCGCCCGCCGCGCUUGGUGAGUGGCCACUCGCCCUCGCCGCUGUGCCUGGUUGCUUGGGCCCCGGUCCCUGGCGCUGCUGGUCCAGCCAUUUGCAGAACACCUGCUGCUAGCUUUCGGCCCGCGGCGGGGACGCGACUGCGGACGUCCUUGCGGUUACCUGUCGAAGAACCCGAGUCUGAAGAGUUCCCUGUAGCUCAGACUUAGCAGAUUGCACCUCAGGGCUGCUCUUGUUAUUUCUUGUGCAUCAAGCAUCUGGAUCCAAACCUUGAGCAGCUGCAGGCUCUAGGUGAUCUGAGAUGGAGCAGGUGUGCAGAGGGUGAGGACCUGGCUCUGGGACGACAUCACUUGCUUCUUUCUUUGGUGAGAUCGUUGGCGUGGCAGACUCAGGCCUAGAAGAGGAUGUUCGUGGGCUGUUGGCUGCUGCUCCCCCUCUGGGGGAAGACCUUGCUCCUCCUCUCUGUGGCCACGGCUCAGGCCCACUGGCCCAGUGAACCCUCGGAGGCCACCAGACACUGGGAGAGCCACCUGGAGGCAUCUAUGCACUCUGUGCUGUCCGACCUCCAUGAGGCUGUUCCCACUGUGGUCGGCAUUCCUGAUGGCAUGGCUGUUAUUGGACGCUUGUUUCAAGUGACUAUUCCCACAGAUUUAAUCGCCUCCAGUGGAGAAAUCAUCAAGGUAUCAGCUGCUGGGAAGGAGGCUCUGCCAUCUUGGCUGCACUGGGACCCACAGAGCCACACCCUAGAGGGUCUCCCCCUCGACACAGAUAAGGGUGUACAUUAUAUUUCAGUGAGUGCUGCACGUUUAGGGGCCAAUGGGAGCCACAUCCCCCAGACCUCCAGUGUGUUUUCCAUUGAGGUCUACCCCGAAGACCACAGCGAACCACAGUCCAUACGGGCAGCCUCAUCAGACCCUAGUGAGAUAGUGUCAUCUGCCUGUGCUGCUGACGAGCCAGUGACUGUCCUGACAGUGAUUCUGGAUGCUGACCUCACCAAAAUGACCCCAAAGCAAAGGAUAGACCUCCUCCACAGGAUGCAGAGCUUCUCAGAAGUGGAGAUUCACAAUAUGAAGUUGGUACCAGUUGUGAAUAAUAGGCUUUUUGACAUGUCGGCCUUCAUGGCUGGUCCAGGAAAUGCAAAGAAGGUGGUAGAGAAUGGGGCUCUGCUUUCCUGGAAGCUGGGCUGCUCCCUGAAUCAGAAUAAUGUGCCUGACAUUCAUGGCGUAGAAGUCCCUGCCAGGGAGGGUGCUAUGUCUGCCCAGCUUGGCUACCCUGUGGUUGGUUGGCACAUCGCCAAUAAAAAGCCCCCUCUCCUCAAACGAAUCCGAAGGCAGAUCCAUGCCACACCCACACCUGUCACAGCCAUUGGACCUCCAACCACAGCCAUCCAGGAGCCACCAUCCAGGAUAGUGCCCACUCCCACAUCUCCAGCCAUUGCUCUUCCAACAGAGACUAUGGUUCCUCCAGUCCGGGAUCCUGUUCCUGGGAAACCCACAGUCACUAUUCGGACUCGAGGUGCCAUUAUUCAGACACCAACCCUAGGCCCUAUCCAGCCCACUAGAGUGUCAGAAGCUGGCACCGUGGUUCCUGGACAGAUUCGCCCAACAAUGACCAUUCCUGGUUAUAUGGAGCCCACAGCAGUUGCCACUCCUCCCAUAACUACCACAAAGAAGCCACGAGUGUCCACACCAAAACCAGCAACACCUUCAACCGAUUCAACUACUACAACUCGCAGGCCAACCAAGAAACCUCGGACACCCCGACCAGGACCCCGAGUUACCACCAAAGCUCCCAUCACCAGAUUGGAAACAGCCUCCCCACCGACUCGCAUCCGCACCACCACCAGCGGAGUCCCCCGUGGAGGUGAACCCAACCAGCGCCCGGAGCUCAAGAAUCACAUCGACAGGGUAGAUGCCUGGGUGGGCACCUAUUUUGAGGUGAAGAUCCCAUCAGACACCUUCUAUGACAAUGAGGAUACCACCACUGACAAGCUAAAGCUGACUCUGAAGCUGCGAGAGCAGCAGCUGGUAGGUGAGAAGUCCUGGGUGCAAUUUAACAGCAACAGCCAGCUCAUGUAUGGCUUGCCUGACAGCAGCCAUGUGGGCAAACAUGAGUAUUUCAUGCAUGCCACAGACAAAGGGGGCCUAUCAGCUGUAGAUGCCUUUGAGAUCCAUGUUCACAAGCGCCCUCAAGGGGACAAGGCUUCUGCAAGGUUCAAGGCCAAAUUUUUAGGUGAUCCAGCACCAGUGGUGACUGACAUUCACAAGAAGAUUGCCUUGGUGAAGAAGCUAGCCUUUGCUUUUGGGGACCGAAACUGCAGCACCAUCACUCUGCAGAAUAUCACCCAAGGCUCCAUCCUGGUGGAGUGGACCAACAAUACACUGCCCCUGGAGCCCUGCCCCAAAGAGCAGAUCAUAGCCUUGAGCAGGAAAAUUGCCGAAGAUAAUGGGAAACCCCGGCCUGCCUUCUCCAACGCCCUGGAGCCUGACUUCAAGGCCAUGAGCAUUGCUGUGACAGGCUCUGGCAGUUGUCGGCACCUACAGUUUAUCCCUGUCAUGCCACCCAAGAGGGUACCCUCAGAGGCACCACCCACAGAGGUGCCAGACAGGGACCCUGAGAAGAGCAGUGAGGAUGAUGUGUACCUGCAUACAGUCAUCCCAGCCGUCGUGGUUGCAGCCAUCCUGCUCAUUGCAGGCAUCAUUGCCAUGAUUUGCUAUCGCAAGAAGCGGAAGGGCAAGCUCACCCUCGAGGACCAGGCCACCUUUAUCAAGAAGGGGGUGCCUAUAAUCUUUGCCGAUGAGCUGGAUGACUCCAAGCCACCCCCCUCUUCCAGCAUGCCACUCAUUUUGCAGGAGGAGAAGGCUCCUCUCCCUCCUCCUGAAUACCCCAACCAGAGUGUUCCUGAGACCACUCCCCUGAACCAGGACACUAUGGGAGAGUAUACACCCCUGCGGGAUGAGGACCCCAAUGCACCUCCCUACCAGCCCCCACCACCCUUCACAGCCCCCAUGGAGGGCAAGGGUUCCCGUCCCAAGAACAUGACCCCAUACCGGUCACCCCCUCCCUACGUCCCCCCUUAAUCCACAAGCGCCUGGGUGGAGGCAGGGGUAGGGCAGGGGCCUGGAGACAACUUGGUGUUGUCUGUGGAGACCGGUAGCCUGCAGAUUAUCACCUACCGGUGGCCAACACCUGACCUAGCACACAACUGACACACAGGGCCUAGACAAGCCCACCCUCUGGUCCUCCCAAACCCCAAAGCAGCUGGAGAGACUUUGGGGACUUUUUUAUUUUUAUUUUUGCCUAACAGCUUUUUGUUUGUUCAUAGAAAAUUCUUCGCUGCGUUUUGAUGGCUGGCUCUAAAAGUACUGUUUGAGUAGACGUAGAUGGAGGGAGCGAGGAACCUUGAAUGAACUCGCAGGCGGUGCUGGGUAGCCCCCAGCACUCUGCAUUUUGCCUUUAACACUAACUGUACUGUUUUUUUCUAUUCACAUGUGUCUAGCUGCAGGAUGUAACAUGGAAAACAGUAGCUAAAGAUUAAAUUCAAAGGACUUUCAGAAGUUACGGUUAAGUUUUUACAUUUAAUCUGCUGUUUACCUAAACUUGUAUGUAUAAUUUUUGGGUGGGUAUGGGGAAUUGCUUUGCUAAAAAUAAGCUCCCAGGGUGUUUCAAAUUUAAAGACCAAGGGACAGUAUUUUUUAUCAAAGGAAUCCUAUUUUUUCACACUAUGUCAACUUGGUUGCUCUGAUACUCCAGAGCUUGACUGGGGGCCUCCUGGCCCUGGCUUGGGGGCCAGGGCCGUGGUGCUGGGCUUGCUUUCCCGCUGUUGCCAGGGGCUGGAAGCUGGAGGGGCCUCUCAGGUCAUGGGCAUCCCCACCUCCACCCCAUGCACACUAGUGGCCCACCACCAAGGGGUCUUCAUUUCCAUGGAAAAGGGACUCCAAGAGACAGUAGUGGCUGUGGCCCCCUACCUAGGUGCUCCAAGGUGGACCACCUGCUGUUGGGGGCACCCGGGAGGUCGGAGAACUCCUCGACCAUGUCAACUUAAGUUUUUUUUUUCUUUCUGUAUGGUUUUUUUUCCCUUCUAAAAGGAAUAUCAUGUUUUCUUGAAACACUCAGUGGGGGACAUUUUAGUGAAGAUGCAAUAUUUUUAUGUCAUGUGGUUCUCUUUCCUCACUUGACCUUGGCCACCUUGUCCCAGCAGCCUACAGUCCUGCCCUGACAUGCCCCGUCCCUUUUCUCUGGCGCUCCAGUCCCAGACCUUGGGCCUGAACGAUUGGAAGAGGUCUGGUGGCUGGGUGGGAGUGCCAGCAAUAGUUCAUAGUAAAAACCUGUGGGCUCUCAAAGCUAAUUUUUUACUAAAGUUUUUAUACAACCUCCAAUUGUUUUAUUAAAAAGAUUAAAAAUGGUGAUGCUUACAGCAGUUUGUAAAAGCUCUUAGUGUCGAUUCCAUGGAACUGACAGCUUUUUUCAUUUUGAUUUUUCCCGCCUCUUCCUAAUGGUUUUGGAUUUAUACUGGGACUUCUUUUACUUUUUUUAGCAGAACAUCCGUCCGUCCAUCUGCAUCUCUGUCCCAUGACUCAGGGGUGCCCACUCUGCUUCCAUUCUCCUCCUUUGGAAAAACCAUUUUGAGCAUGAUUUUUCUUGAUGUCUGAGUUAUUUCGGGUAACUUUUAGGGGAGGAAUGCCUUUUGCAAUAAUGUAUCUCUUCCCUUAUAGAGGGUGGGUGGGUGGACCAGGCUCCCUUUGCACAUGGAGCAGCUACUUCUAAGCCAUAUCCAGUGUUUUGCAGAGGAGUCAGCUGUUUUGCAGAGGACUGUGUGCUGCUUCAAGAGGGAAAGGCCUGCAGGAGGGUAGGACUCCAGUCUGCUCUUCUCCAGAGUGGCCCCUGCAGGGGCCCACCCUUCUCCCCUGCCCCUGCUCUCAGCAGGGUACACAAGUGAACAGUGUUCCUGGGUGAAGAUCCUGUAGAUGAAGGCUCAGUGCUGGUGACCAGGCCUCUUUCCUGCGAGCUCUGUCCUUAGGGAGUUUUCCUGACCUCGCAGAGCAGGAGCACAAGUAGGAUCUGACCUGGUGAGGUUAUUUCUGAUGAUCUGUCAAAAAACAAAUAAUUCCCAAAGUUCCAGGUGAGGGUUUGAAAGGCUUUCAAUAGCUCUGUUGCCCCUAGCAACCCCACCAGGAGCAUUGCCAAGCAGAGACCAGAGAAUGGCCUGUUGCCAUAGCAACGGAAGGCAUUGGGGCAGUGAACAGAAUAACAGCAACAAUGCCUUUGCAGGCAGCCUCCUCCCUGAGCGCUGGGCUGGAGAUGGCCUUUGGACUCUGAGACGGAGAGCCAAUCUCACAUUCAAGUGUUCACCAACCACUGAUGUGUUUUUAUUUUCUUCUUAUAUGAUUUUAAGAUGUGUUUUCUGCAUUCUGUAUAGAAACAUAUCAAACUAAAUAAAAGCAGUGUCUUUAUUACAA